AUGAAUAAUACUAAUCAAGAUACCUCUGGUUCAAGAACUCCAACACAAUCAAACAUGAAAGAAAUUGCUAGAAUGUUGGAUAUCAUAUUUGAAAAUUUAAAUGAAACUAAUUUCAAAUUACAUUAUAUUAAUGAAGUAUUUGAGCAACACCAAGAAACUGUUUCUAUUCAAGCUACAAAGUUUCAAGAUAUGCAUAAUAAUUUGAAUACAAACUUUCAAAAAAUUAUUUCUAAUUUAAGCAUGCAAAUCUUAGAAAUUAAAGAUAAAGUUAUUGAAACUACUAAUAAUCAAAAAAAUAUAUUACAUAUUCUUGAAGACAUUAGAAUUGAAAACUCUCACAAGCCUCUUUUAGAAAUUAUUAAUUGA